AUGAAAACUGAAACAAUCAUUCUUUUCCUCUCCUGUUAUUCAUUAAUUUUUUCCUUGUCCCCUCAAGCUACCGGGCCGAAUACAGCGACUUGAAUCGGAGAUUCCUUGCCAUAUAUAGGGACCAAAACUUUAAAGCAGCUUACAAUUCCUGGAACCCACGACAGUGGAACAUACUGGCUUGAUGAAACACCUAUGCCAGGCGACUCAGCUCCUUGAAUUGAAGCAGCAACCGUAGUAGGCGAAGCUUUAUUUGUCCCGACCUCUUGGAUAAUCAAAGGCUGGUCCCACUCUCAAGACCAAAUUUUUUACAAUCAAAUGAAAGGGGGAAUGCGAUAUUUUGAUGUCCGCUCAGGAUGGGACAAUAAAACCCAAACUUGGGUCGUUCAUCAUUAUGUAGAAGGCCGUCCUAUAAGCGAGCUUUUAGGAAAUAUUUCUCAAUAUCUCCAAGAUUAUCCAAAAGAGGUCGUUAUAGUAGAAAUGACUCAUUUUGACGGAUAUCCAACCCAAGCAAAUAUUGCACAGCUUAAAAACAUGGCUUUGCAGAUUCUAGGAAAUUAUAUUUACCCUAUUAAUACAGCUUUUAACUUUACUUUAAAUGAUUGGGUAAAUAGUGGCAAAAGAGCAAUUGUGACAAUGGAAAGUGGAGCCGCUGAUGGAAUUUGGCCUGGAGAAUGCAUUUAUAAUACAUAUGCAGAUAGCCCUGUUAUUAAAACGAUGAUUAAUUUCAAUACAGCUACUGUUGCGCAGUAUAUGAAUGGAACAUGGGCUAAUGAAUUAUUUAAAGUUUCAUGGACUUUAACCCCUGAUGCAGAUACAGUUUUCCAAGGUGCAGAGCUAGGGAAGCCUCAUACGUUAAUUGAGCUAGCUGAUAGUGGAAACCCUUAUUUACCACAAUUCUGGCUAAAUAUGAAGGCUCAGGGAUACCGGGUGGGAAACAUUUUGAUCAUUGACCACUAUGAGCAGAGCAGUAUUAUGCAAGUUAUUUAUGACAUGAAUGGGAUACCAGUAAAUAAUUAA